AUGCGGCGAACUCCUUUAUCUAGAAUCGCUGGCUGGGCAAAACGGAGAAAAGAUCAUGAUAGUGAGGACACAAGCGCCAUGGAGCCAGCGGAGAGUCGCGAACGCAGCGCUGGUAAUCAGUACCAUUACCGUCCAUUGCCCCGGGGAUAUAUCCGCCUGCUGCGCUUACUGCCUAGCGAGGAGAGAGACUCCCAUAUUCAAGGUUGCCUGUUCAGCUAUCCCCUAGAGCGGUUGGCAGGCAAAACGCACCUGUACGAGGCUAUAUCAUACGUCUGGGGUGGCUUGAACGGUUGUCAAUCAAUCUCAUUAGAGGACUGUGAUUUCCCGGUGACUGCCAAUCUUCACACAGCUCUGUUGCAUAUUCGUGACCCGUACAUCGAGCGAAUCAUCUGGAUAGACGCGGUUUGCAUAAAUCAGAAGGAUCUCAAGGAGAGGGGAGAGCAGGUUCGGCGCAUGGCUGAAAUAUACAUUAGAGCCAAGAGUGUGAUUGUUUGGCUCGGGAACUCGGCCCAUUAUAGUGAUGAAGCACUUGAGAAAAUACGGAUCGCAGCUCAUAGACCGCACAGCGUGGACGACAAGUUUACCAAGGAAGCGGUGUUCUCUUUGCUCCAGCGACCCUGGUUUAAGCGCAUAUGGGUGCUUCAAGAGGUUGCGGCCGCACGACAGAUCUUGAUCAAGUGCGGGGCUACAGAGAUGGACGGAUAUGUGUUUUGCGUUGGUCUUACAUCAGGAUCUUUUGAAUCUCUCUAUAAGGAUUUCCCUGAGUUACAAGCCGUCGUUCUUCCCGUGGCAUUCCUCAUGAGAGAGUCAUUAUUUCGGCCAAAGGUAAUACAGAGCAUUUCAAGCGAAUUCUCAUUGAAUAUACGCCCUCUGAGCGACCUACUUGAGAUGUACCACACCCGUGAAGCUACCAGGCAACAUGAUAAGCUAUUUGCCUUGCUGGGCAUGUGUUCUGACGAGUCUAUUCCGACUGCUUUACUGCCUGACUAUAGCACACCAUGGGCAACGCUUUUUGCGCGGCUUGUUCGAUUUUUACUUGGGAGAGCUGUAUACAUCAGCACUUACGAUCAAUCUGAAUGCGCUUUAAUAAGUGGGUGGGGUUAUAUUCUGGGCAAAGUACUGUCAGCGAAAAGAAGCCAGCGAGAAGAUGGACAGGAGGUGAGUUUCGCUACAAAAGAUACAGAUGGAAGCUUUGGACCCCAGAUACAAUGGCAUCUACCAGCUCUAGCAAAGCCCGUCCAAGUAGGCGAUCUAGUUUGUCAGCUACAGGGAGCGGCGAAACCUACCAUAAUUCGCCUAUGCCGUGAUAGCUUUUCCAUAAUAAUGAUUGCGGCACCUCUGGAGCUCCGGCAGCCGAAGCAUAACACUCGGUUGACCCUUCCUCUUUCCUGGGACUGGCAGGAUCCCUAUUGGAAAUUGUCAGAUCAGAAGGAUGCCCAAAGUUCCUUGAACAGCAGGUUACCUGGGUACUCAGGUCACCGAAACGGGAGUCUUUCGGGUGACCCAGAUGGAUUGUGGCGUGCCGCUCUAGUAUUGGAAGCAGCAGAGGAGUAUCGUAUUGCAGCAGACAAAUUCCAACAGGCACUGUCAAGGUAUAAGGAAACCAUGAGGGCAAAUAAUACGCGCAAGGCGGCCUGCACAGAGCAGUCGGACACGGUACCUGAAGAGUUACAUGGAUUAAAUCCUUUGGAGCUUGGCCAACUCAAAAAUUGGACUUUCAAGCUCAAGUUCAAGCAAGGAGGCGUUAUCGGUUACGGGACUGCAUUCAGUAUUGCUGUCCCUGAUGUUGAGAAAGCUGUCUUGCUCACCGCCAGACGUAAUCUCAUCGAUAAAAAAGGUUACCCAUCAGAGGACUUGGAGAUCUACAACGAACAUGGCCUGGUCACCUCGAUACACAGUGGACAUAUGGAGAUAUUUCUCUCUGCUUGCGACCCGAAUUGCGCGAGCAAUACCAGCAUGGACCCAGGUUAUGGAGCACUUCUGGUUGAUAUGAAGGUCGAAUCGCACUGUCGUGGUUAUGGUUUUGCCCUAAUAUUGGGUCAAACGAACCUAAAAGGCGACGGCCUUGGGGUUUGCGGUUAUCCGAACUUGGGCAAGCUUUCUAGAAGCACAGGGCUAUGUCUUAGUUGUCAGAAUGACCGAAUGACAUACAAUGCCAUUGUAGUACCAGGGAUGAGCGGAUCACCUGUGUUCUUGUCGCAUAAUGGAUAUGCCACCGUCGUCGGCAUACAUAUCGACCCAAGUGGCGUGGGCGGAUGGUGCGUACGCCUUACCGCAGAGGUUCUGGAGGAGAUAUUUGGCUGGGCUAACGCCAUCUACACAAAUAAAUGCUUGAGAGUAUUGCCAACCGGAAGGGUUCCCCGAGAGGGGUGUUAUCUCCACUUCCCACCGGAUCGUGAGUACGGUAUUGCAGCAAUAGGUCAACAGGUUCCGCCGACUACAUUCGAUAUUCUUCCCUCGUAUGCAUCAAGCGCAACUGGUCGCAUCAAGCUCUACGUGUUUCGCUUCCGGGCACCUCCCAAGUGGCCACGUCCAACGCAGAAAUGGGUGCAAUGGGAUAUUGCAAUUAGGAUUGUGAGACUGACAAGCUCUCUGCACCAGUCGAAUUCAGUGAAACUGGACUCGAUGCUAGAAGGAAGCCAAAAUAUCUUUCGGUUGUCCGUCGAAGACAAUCAACUCAUGAUACCUAUCCCACACUUUGAUCAACAGAACCGCCCGGUGUAUCAUGCACAAUUUUGUUUUGUACUAGCGGUACAGGGACAAGGAUGUGGAGGUUUG